AUGCCCACUGAAACGGCACCAAUUACACCUCCGCUUGACAUUCCGGAGAACAUUCAACAUUCUUGGGGUGCAUACACACCGUACUUCUCUACUGCUGAAUACAAAGCACCACCAAAACACUGUAGAAUAACCCAAGUCAACAUUAUUCAAAGGCAUGGCGCACGCUUUCCCACAUCGGGUUCUACCGAGAGGAUACUAUCCGCGCUGAAGAAGAUUCAAUCCUCGCCGUCGUUCAAAGACCAAAGGCUUGAGUUUCUCCGAAACUAUACAUACGAUUUAGGCUCAGACAACCUGGUCCCGUUCGGCGCAGCUCAAUCAUUUGAUUCUGGGCAGAUGGAUUACGUACGAUACAAGGACCUUGUUAAUUCUAGUGUUCCAUUUGUUAGAGCAUCUGGUUCGACUAGAGUGGUCGACUCCUCAACGAAUUGGACAACAGGGUUCGCUCAUGCCAGUGGAGGAACCAUAACUCCUUCAUUAGAUUUAAUCCUUCCAGAAUCGCUUAACGACACGCUUGACGAUAGCAUGUGUCCGAAUGCUGGAAGCUCGGAUAAUCAGACAAAUAUAUGGCAGGCAAUCUACGCUACCUCAAUCGCAGCUCGUUUGAACGAUGCUGCACCUGGAGCAAACCUGACAGAUGCAGAUGCUUCAAACCUGAUAUCGCUCUGCGCCUUUGAUACUGUCGCCAAUGAGAGGCCUAGUCCGUUCUGCAAUCUCUUCGACCAGACGGAUUUUGAUGGAUUCGAAUACCUUAGCGAUUUAGACAAAUUCUAUGGGACAGGGUACGGACAAGAUCUCGGUCCAGUGCAAGGAGUUGGAUACAUAAAUGAGCUCAUUGCUCGUCUAAUGGAAUCCCCUGUGCGCGACAACACUCAAACGAAUCGUACACUAGAUUCCGACCCUUCCACAUUCCCUUUGAACCGUACGAUGUACGCCGACUUCUCGCAUGACAACGAAAUGAUUGCCAUAUACAGUGCUCUUGGGUUGUUUCGCCAGAAGUCUAACCUCGAUCCAACGCAGCCCAAUCCUCAGCGCACGUGGAUAACUUCCCAACUCACACCAUUCUCUGCGCGCCUAGUCACUGAACGUCUGGAUUGCUCCGGAGAGGUAUCUGUUCGUAUGCUUGUUAACGAUGCAUUACAAACCUUGGAGUUUUGUGGUGCUGACAGUGACGGAGUCUGUACUUUAGCUGCAUUUGUCACCAGCCAAGGAUACGCUAGAAGUGAUGGAGGGGGAGACUUCGAAAGAUGUUUCACAUAG